AUGCAAUCUUUAUUCGGCAGCAAUACCAUUUCUGAGACUGUCCUGAAGCAAAUGUGGCUCGACAAACUACAACCUGACGUUGUGCGAAUAUUAGCCGCGCUCACAGACGAGGUUGACAUACAAAAGUUAGGAACGAUUGCCGACAAAAUAUCAGACACCACACCUACUCGGCAAGUCUCCUCCAUAAGCCCGUCAGACGACCUUACUCCGGAUUUCAAUCAGAAAUUACAACUUUUGACAUCAGAAAUACAGAAACUCUCUCUCCGGCUUGAUGAAAUUCAAAAUAGGUCUACAAGAAGCCGCGUUCAUCGUCACGUCGCCCUCGUCGAAGUCAACAUGGUAGUUGCUGGUACCAUGAGGUGUUUGGCGCGCGCUAGGAAGUGUCAGCCGCCAUGUGCUUUCCGAAACACAUUCCCAACAGACGUACAGACAAAUUGGCCUGCCUGGCAACCAUUAGAGGCGCUGGCUGCCAGGGUUGACAAUAGAAAUCGCCUUUUUUACAUUCGUGACCGGAACAGCAACCUUGAUAUUUUAGUCGACACCGGUGCACAAAUCAGCGUCGUACAGUUCAAAAAUUGUGAUGAGUCAACGUUAUCACCUAUGGAAGCUUUAUUGAAUUUACAGACCGCUAACAGCACAUCAAUUAGCACAUACGGUGAGCGAGUAAUGUCACUCAACAUCGGACUACGACGAGAAUUUGUUUGGACCUUUACAGUCUCCGAUGUUGAAAUGCCAAUCUUAGGCGUGGAUUUCUUAGCACAUUUUGACCUUUCGGUUGAUCUAUCUUCGCGUACGCUCACUGACGCACGUACGAAUCUACAACGCCGCGGAUUGAUAUCAAGGCACCAUACUAUUGGUUUAAUAACUGUAGUACCUAAAGCGAAUGGCUACGAAAAAUUACUACAGAAAUACAAAUCGUUGUUAUCGCCUUUUACGUAUGCCGAGCCUGUCAGUCAUAAUGCCACUCAUACCAUAAAGACGACUGGACCCCGAGUUCAUGCUCAACCGCGUCGUCUACAUCCUAACAAGUUGCGGGUAGCGAAGGACGUGUUUGACAAUAUGCUCAAGCUGGGCAUAAUCAGACCAUCCUCCAGUCCUUACGUUACGCCGCUCCACAUGGUCCCAAAGGGCGAUGCUCAUAGCUGGCGUCCGUGCGGGGAUUACAGGCUACUAAAAGCCCAAACCAGCCCGAAUAAAUAUCCAAUCCCCCACAUCAAAGAUUUUGCUCUCUCACUAGAAGGCGCCACGGUCUUAACCAAGCUGGACCUACGGAAGGCAUUUUACCAAAUUCCUAUCGAGAAGGCAGAUAUUCCGAAGACAGCAGCCGCUCAAUCUAAAAAGACCACUCCUGUUACCUCCUCCGAAGAAACACUUCCCUCUCACCCAAAAAAGACCAAACCUAUGAAAGAAGCUGCUCCUUCCACAUACUCACAAAACAGUCCUCCCAACCAUGAACUCCUGUCAAGACCCCUACUAUCCAAAAGGUCACUUCCUCCACUUCCUCCCAUUCCUCAACCCCUCUCAAUAGACCCCAGCCCUUUGCGACAAAAUUUUACUCCUUGUCCCUCUCCCAGUCCUUCACCCCUUAAACCACCCCUUAACACACCUGAAAUGCCCCCUCCUAUGAAACUGACAUCGGUCAGACAUCCAGAAAUAAUCCGAGGAAAUUAUUCUAGGCUCACUGAAGAUGAUUUGUCUGUAUUCAGAAAUAUUUUAACCACAAAUAGGUGCGUAUCCGACCCAGCUGAUGUGGAACCUUACAAUGUAGACUGGAUGAAAAGUUACAGAGGAAUGAGUCGACUAGUUCUGCUUCCUAAGACAACAAAGGAAGUAUCUCAGCUUUUGAGUUACUGUAAUGAAAGGCAUUUAGCAGUUGUUCCCCAAGGUGGCAACACGGGUUUAGUAGGUGGAAGUGUGCCAGUUUUUGAUGAAAUUAUUAUAUCUACUCGACUUAUGAAUGAAAUAAUCAGUGUAGAUGAUGUAUCAGGUAUACUGGUAUGUGAGGCUGGGUGUAUUCUGGAACAGCUGGACAAAUAUUUGGAAGAACAUCAAUUGACUAUGCCAUUGGACCUUGGAGCAAAAGGGAGUUGUCACAUUGGUGGAAACAUUGCAACUAAUGCUGGAGGUAUACGUUUCUUACGAUAUGGAUCUUUACAUGGCAGUGUUCUUGGGCUUGAAGUGGUUCUUGCUAAUGGAGAGAUUUUAGACUGCUUGACCAGAUUAAGAAAAGACAACACUGGUUAUGACUUGAAGCAAUUAUUUAUUGGAUCUGAAGGUACUCUUGGCUUCAUUACAAAAGCAGCCAUUGCAUGUCCACAAAAGCCAAGUUCUGUUAAUGUUGCCUUAGUUGGAUGCCAAAGUUUUAUGGAUGUUUUAGACAUUUUUAAGACAACAAAAAGAAAGCUUGCAGAAAUUCUUUCUGCCUUUGAAUUCCUGGAUACAGAAUCUAUGAACUCUGUCACUGACAAUCUUAAAUUAACUCGCCCAAUCAGUAAAUGUCCUUUCUAUGUGUUGAUGGAAACAUUUGGAUCAAAUGAAACACAUGAUGAAGAGAAACUGAAUAAUUUGAUUGAGGAACUGACAACAAAAGGAUUAGUACAAGAUGGUACAAUAGCAGCUGAUAUAACACAAAUUAAGCAUCUGUGGAGCCUUCGUGAACGAGUUGCUGAAAGUGUUACAAAGAAUGGAAGCUAUUGUUACAAAUAUGACUUGUCUCUCAAACUGUCAGGUUUUUAUGAUUUAGUAUUGGAAGUAAGAAAACGUGUUUCCCACAUUCCAAACACUGUGGUGAUGGGCUAUGGCCAUGUUGGUGACAGCAAUAUUCAUGUGAAUGUCGCAUCGCCCAAAUAUGAUCCUUAUCUUCUGAGUCUUCUUGAGCCAUUUAUCUUUGAUUAUGUGGCAACUGUUUCAGGCAGUGUCAGUGCUGAACAUGGUAUUGGAAUUCACAAACCGAUGUAUUUACAUCACAGCAAAUCUUCAUCUGCAAUCAACCUAAUGAAGCUCAUGAAACAAACACUUGACUCUCGAGCCAUUUUAAAUCCUUACAAGAUAUUCUUGUCAUGA